UCUGUCACUGUCAAACAGUAGAUAAGCUAUAGUAUAAAUUCAUUUUCAUUGUAGUUCUGUUGAUAAAAGUCGCCGGGUCGGAUUUUCUUUAAACAGUGUUCUUUAUUAGUAUAAUUAUUUAAAUCAUAUCGUAUAUUUUUAAACAUGCGUCUUCCAAUUGUAAUAUCAAUAUUUUCACUAGUAGUAAUAAGUGUAGCACAUGAAGAUUUGUAUUCCGUGAAAUAUACUACUGAAAAUUUUUCACAAGAAGUCGGGAAGAAAAACCACUUUGUAAUGUUCUACGCUCCCUGGUGUGGACAUUGCCAGAAAUUUGCUCCAAAAUGGGAACAAUUAGCUGAAAUGUUAAAUGAGGAUGAGACUAACAACAUCAAAAUUGCCAAAGUUGACUGUACAACUGAUAAUGAAGUUUGUUCUGAACAAGAUAUUACUGGUUAUCCUACUCUUAAAUUUUAUAAAGUAGGGGAUUCUGAAGGAGUACGGUUUAAGGGUACAAGAGAUUUGCCUUCAAUAACAAAUUUCAUAAAUGAACAACUAAGAGAGGGCGACGAAUCUGAUGCAGAGGAAUCCACAAUUAAAGAACCUCAAGCAGUAGGUGGUUUAAUUGAACUUACUGAAGAUACUUUCAACAAACAUGUUGAAACUGGGAAACAUUUUAUUAAAUUUUAUGCUCCAUGGUGUGGACAUUGUCAGAAAUUGGCUCCCACUUGGGAACAACUAGCUAAAUCACUUGAAUUUGAAAAGGAUAUCACCAUUGGAAAAGUAGACUGUACUCAAUAUAGAUCAAUAUGUAAUAAUUUUGAAGUGAAAGGAUAUCCCACAUUAUUAUGGAUUGAAAAUGGGGCAAAAAUUGACAAAUACCAAGGUGAAAGAAGUCACCAUGAACUUAAACAAUAUGUUAAUAAAAUGCUGGGUACCGAACAACAUGAUAAACAACAGGCAUCAGAAGCUACUGAAUCUCAGCUUCCAUCUGGCGAAAUCACUAAUGAUGAUUUCAAAUCUAGCAUCCAAUCAGGAAUUGCUUUUGUAAAAUUUUAUGCCCCUUGGUGUGGACAUUGCAAACGGUUAUCUCCUACUUGGGAUAAUCUUAGAGAAAAGUUCGUUAAUAAUCCUUCCGUUAAAAUUCUCAAAAUUGACUGUACUUUAGAUGUUAACAAACAGUUGUGCAACGAUGAAGAAGUUGAGGGGUUCCCAAGUUUAUUCUUGUAUAAAGACGGGGAGAAAAUGUCUGAAUACACUGGUUCUAGAAGUUUAGACGAUUUACAUGAUUAUAUAAUGAAGAAUAACAGACACGAUGAGUUGUAAAUGUCUGGAGUAUGGAAAUUUGUUGAUAGAGGUUUAGGAACAUUUUGAGUAUUCUGUAUCAUCAAAACAUAUUGUAAACAUAAAGUUUGUCAACAAAUUGAUUUAUGUAUAUAGGUUUGUGAUUUUUAUUAUUUUAUUACCGUUUAAUUGUUUUAAAAAAACCAUGUAAUCUGAAAUAAAUAAAAAAUUUAAAAUA